AUGAAGUCACAUUUCAAUGUUUUUCAUUUUGCUCCUCCAACAGCUAAGACAAAAGAACUGGACUUGCUAAAACAACAAUACCAAGCUCAGGCAGAAGAACUACUCAGUGUUAAAGUCAAGGCAAACAACACUGAAAACGAAGUGGAGAUUCUGAGGAGAGAAGGAGAAGUGAAUCGAGUGGCUUUCUCAGCCUCCUUGAUGGACUCAGGUAGUGGAGACGUUGGACCAUUUAAUGCACAGACGGAUCUGGUCUUCAAACAUGUUAUUGCAAACAUCGGAAAUGCAUACAACCCAAAUACAGGGUUUUUUAUUGCACCAGUGAGAGGAGUCUACCACUUUGAAUUCUUUAUCUACGGACAUGGACAUGCUUCACACGGUUCAGGUGCUGUGCUGUUCAAAAAUGGAGAACACAUCGUUAUUGGAUAUGGACAUCAGGCUUCUCUCGGUGUCAAUGGUGGUAACAGUGCCACCUUGCUGUUAGAGGUUGGAGACGUUGUGUUUUUGCGUCAAUGUCAAAACUCAAGGAUUCAUGACAGCCAUAGUCAUCACACAACCUUCAGUGGUCAUUUGCUUUUCCCCAUGUGAGAAUCAAGGAGUUCUGAUUUUCUGCAAGAAGAAAACGUUGUAUCACCAUAACAUCAUGUCUGAACUGAAUGUAUACUUUACACUCUAAAAAGUAUUUUUGGCUGUUGUUAAUUUUAUGGACUUAUUUACAUUAAUCUCACUUUAUUAAUUUGGUGUAGUGAUGACAACUUACUUUUUUGCGUUCAAUUAGCUUAAAAGUUAACUAACUUAAAUUAACUUAAUUAACUUAAAGGAACUUUUUACUUGGACUUUCUUGAAACAAUUGAGUUAAAUGCCAGUUUCAUGUCUGACCAAUUCAGUAUAUUAUGAUCAUCCAACUCAAUUUACUAAGUUUUUAGAACUUAAUUCAUUAAGUGUAUUUAAUAUUACAAAUUUAAGUCACGCUUACUGACAUCACUUAUUUUUGUCUAAUAAAUAAUUCAAAUCUUUUUAACUAAAUUCUAGAGAAAGUCAACUCAUACUUUUAAGUUGUUCCAAACUAAAACACUAAAAUAUCCAAAAUUACAUUAUCACUCACAUUGUACUUAAAAUACAGCUAGAAUUUAAUAAUUUUACAUUUAUAUUUUAACAAGUUACUUUUACAAAAGUCCUCUACACUGAAAAAAGAAGAUAGUUGAAUCAAGUUAAUAAAUAAGAGUGGGAAGAUCAUGCAGCAUAUGUUAUCAGGCUGGAAUCGAACCUGCAACAGCCACAUCAAGGACUACAGUUUCCUAAAGAGUCGUUCUUAACCGCUGCACCACCACAGCAGAAUGAAAGGAUCUGUCCCUGGGGAAGUUUGGUCAUGACAUCAGCUAUCAGAUAUGAAUGCAGCAUUGAACUUAAUUGUUUCAAAUACACUUUUUAGAGUACUUUUUAAAACUUAUAAACUUAACGAAUUGAGUUGGAUGAUCAUAAUAUAUUGAAUUGGUUACACUUAGAAAAUUUAGUUGGAUAAACUUAAUUGAAUUACUUGUUACCAGUUGAAGCAAUUCAAUUAAACUGGUUCAAAAAAUCUCUUUUUACAUUGUAGUU